AUGACCCGCGCCCCGCCCCCAGGCCUGCUGGAGCUGUCGCCGGUGGAGCGCGGCGUGGUGAGCAUCUUCGGCGUGGCCAGCCGCUUCUUCGUGGCCAUGAGCCACAAGGGCAAGCUGUACGGCUCGCCUUUCUUUUCCGACGAGUGCAAGUUCAAGGAGACGCUUCUCCCCAACAACUACAAUGCCUACGAGUCCUACAGGUAUCCUGGAAUGUUCGUAGCUCUGAGCAAGAACGGAAAGACCAAGAAAGGGAACCGUGUGUCCCCCACCAUGAAGGUCACCCACUUCCUCCCCAGGCUGUGA